CAUUCUACUAAGUAGUGCGCGGAGGCGGAAGACGCUGCUUUAGGCGACUGUAGAUAACUGGUGGCGUAUCACUGCGCUACGCGGAACCUUGCGCACGCACACGGAUAAGUUGGGAGUAUGGGAAAGGCGUAAGGGCGGCAGAGGCAUGGUCCCUCUGUGUCAUUUCUAAGAUGGAAGUCAAGAAACUAAUAGGCAAAUCCCUUCAGCCAGCAAGGCCCAUUCGUCGAGUUGUAAUGCAUAAAGGACCAAUGCCUCCUUCUUUGCUAAAAAAUCUCAGCUUCAAUCAGGAGAAGUCAAGCCACGUCACGGCACUGGAUUCAGGUGUGUGUAACAGAUCUUACAUGGACCCCAUAAUAGACUCAGAACCUGUGUUUAUGUUUAACAUCCGGGCUGAGUUCACAGACUGCCUUAUAAAUGAUAUUGAGCAGCAACUUGAUUUGUGGUGCUCAAUUAGCAACCAUGAUGAGCCAGUAAAGGAUUCAAUGGUUCCGACUCAAGCUGAAGCUCUACAACCUGAAGCAAAAAAAGCAGAUGCUGCUGGAAGAAUUACCUACACCAGAGAUUUCCUGGUUGAGUUAUCAAACGUGUCGGCAUGCAGAAAGAGACCACAAUAUUUACCAGAUCAUCCUAUUGUUCUGAAGGAGCCGAUCUGUAAUAACACCCACGCUACUCAAUUCCUGAACAACUGAUGCCAAGUCAUAAAGUUUGUCUACAGUCUCCUCCAGUGUCUUCAGCAGAUACUCCCCAUACACAGUUCACUAGUGUGAAAUUCCGCCACUCUCCAUUCAUUUCUUUGGGAUUUUUAAAAUUGUAUUUUCAAUGGGUGAAAGUGAACGUUGGCCCCUAAAAUAUGCCUUUAGAGAUGCAUGGAGAGUGGCGGAAUUUCACUCUAGUGGCCUGUGCUGAUCUCUGACUUCACUCCUCGAUAAAUACGUCCCAGCAAGAGAAGCCGUAUUCCCUUAAUGUUACUUUAAUUGCUUAAAGGGAAAUGAGCAGAGAAUGUGACUACACCUUGAGGAACGUCGCGCUUUCCAGUGAUCGCUACUUGUAACAUCUGUUUUGGAAGAAUAUUCUCCUCCUCGGCAGCAGAUGUUCUGAAGCACUUUUGUAUAUAUUUAUUUAUGUUGUAUAUAAUCUAAUUGCCAGUGUGAGUAUUCGGGAAAUAUCUGCUGGAAAUAAGACUCUGGACCUUUCGUUUCUAUUUAAAUGUAACCUCUUUAAAUAUUUUGUAAAUUAGUCCAUGCAGAAAAAAACGGAAUCUUUUGAAUUAGAGAUUCACUGAAUCCAGGAUUUGGUUCAGGAUUCGCCCUUUUUCAGCAGGAUUCCGAUUCGACCAACUCCUUGUAUCUGGUCGAACCGAAUCUGAAUCCUAAUUUGCAUAUGUAAAUUAGGGGCAGGUAGGGUAAUCGCGUGACUUUUUUUGUCACAAAAGAAUUGUUUCUACGUUUUCCUUUCCUGACCAUAAUUUGCAUAUGCAAAUUAGGAUUCGGUUCAUAUUUUGGACGAAACUUUCACCAAGGAUUUGGCCGAAUCCCAAUUAGUGGAUUCGGUGCAUCCCUAUUUUGAAUAUGAGGUCUAUGGACUUCUGAGAAAGAUGCUGGCUUAAGUAUUUCUGCGAGUUUGGUCAGAAAGAGAUUGCUGUGUUAAGAAACUGCAUAAAGGAUUUUUCCAAAA